UGAUCACGUGGCCAGUGGGAACCGAAGCAACACAGCGAAGAGAAAGAAAUGGCGAUGCUCGGAGGCUUCAGCUCGGCACAGCACAAGAAAAACGCCUCCGACACCAACAGCGACGUGUCCGAGUUCCUCUGUCCCGUUUGUCUCGAGAUUUUCGACAGUCCCGUCACAACACAAUGCGGCCACACGUUCUGCCAGAGUUGUUUGCAGAAAUGUUUGCGUCCACAGAAGCCCGCGUGUGCCGUGUGCCGGGCGGCGCUCGGCCAUUGCACUAAAGCUGUGGAGCUAGAGGCGCUGAUCCAAUCAUCUGUGGCUGCGUGCAAAGGGUGUGGAGCACAGGUUGGCCUUUCUCAGAUGAGAAUCCACACAGGCGCUUGCCCAAAAUACCAGGAGUACAUUGAGGAAGGUGUUAGGACCACUGCCCAGAGCCAGCCUGCUAUCAUCAGGUCACGAAAUAACACAGAACUGUGUCAAAUAACUCUAAGUCCAGUGCCAAAUCGUUACACUUUUACCUGCCCUUACUGCAACUGCCAGAACCUUGAUCAAGACGGCCUGGUCGAGCACUGCACUACCCAGCAUGCCCGCGACGCACGGCAAGUGGUUUGCCCCAUCUGUGCUUCCAUGCCAUGGGGGGACCCCAACUACAGGAGUACUGACUUCUUCCAGCACCUAAAGAUUAGACACACCUUUUCUUAUGAUACUUUUGUUGAUUAUUCUACAGAUGAGCACACAAUGAUCCAGGAGGCUCUACAGCGCUCCCUUCUGGACAACUGACGUGUGAAGAACAUUCCCGAGGAGGAAAAGAGGGGGAGGAUGGAGAUGUGAUGUCUUAAGAAGGCAGAACAGCACGCUUGUAUCGUCAUUUGUUAGUCAUGAAAAUGGUGGAUGGCUAAUGACUUUCACAAGAGAUUGUACUCAUGAGUUUAGAAGUUUAUUAUGACAGAAAUAAACCAUGCAACACAUUUGAAGAGCAUAUUGUCUGAUUUAGGUGUGUUGCUGGUGUGAUCGUCUCAUAUCUUCUUCUCCAGUGCAGCCUGUUGAAUAUUUACUCACCAAGAGAGCAAUUCGCUAGUUAAUGGAAUAGUGUCAUGAAGCCCCGAACACAUCAAAGUUGCAAAUCACAUUCCCUUUUGUCGUUAAUAGGGUAAGGUACUAACUUGAAAGCAAACCUGACUUCACUGAAGCGCAAUGUUAAUAAUUGCGGAGAGUUUCACACUAAGGGUGGUUCAGAGUGUAGAGGAAGAAUCUUAUUAUUUUAUAUUUUUAUUUACGGUGUUAUGUGUGUUCUGGAAAAGGAAUAUUGUGACAGAUAACAUUCAUUGACUCCCUUGUCGUUGUGCCUGAUUGUAGAUCUUUUAUUUUUCUCAGUUCCCAAAGUCAUAGGGCUAAUGGUUCACUCGACAAACUAAUGCAAGUGUGCUGUACUGCAGCCACCUCAUGUAUUUUCAUAUGGAGACGACUUGUGCGUGUGCUUCGGCCACUGGAGGGCAGUAGCGUUUCACACCUAACAAGCGAUAUUUCAAUGCCAGAGGACAGUUAUACAGUGUACUGUACUUAAAUGUGCUCUACUGCUGCUCUUCAAAUGAUUUAUAUUGAAUUAGUCUUGACUGCAGCAUACAUACACGUGCAGUUAUUGGUCAUGGUCUCGCAGAAUAACAAUCGCUUCGCUUGUACACUUGAUAUCAAAUGUAUCUUACUGUUUAGGUUUGUUUUGUCAUGUUCAUCGUCUUAGUUGCUUGGUUCACACUUCUUCACUGCUGACUGACCUAGGAAAUUGUAAACAAGCAAGACAGACAAACGGCCAGUCUUGUGCUUCCGAAAAUGUGGCAGCAGAUUAUUCCACAACUACUACAGUUUAAUUUGUCACCUGAUGUCAAUAAUGAUGUUUCUGUGUUUCUUUUCUUUGCCAUACGCUAUUGUUCCCCAAUUACUUGUAUUAUGAACUAAUCUAUCAAGAGGUUGUUGUCACACUGCACACUGCACAAUAAACCCAGAUCAAGUAGC